AUCCGAUGGAAAGUAACGGUACUUUUAUGGAAACGGCUCCGCGACACACAACCAGCAGCCAGUCGAGCUGUCGCAGCGGUGGUCGCGUCUCGGGUCGUCCCGCUUGGCUUUGAGUUUCACCUCUUCUGUUUUAUAUCUACCCGACGGAUUUCUUUUCUUCUUCUUCUUCUUCUUCUUCUUUUUUUCUCUCCAACUCGUUUAGAGGAGGACCACUGCACGCUCAACAGGUGGGACAUUUUAUCAGAGCCUGUUUGUCAACUUGUCAUUGUGGUACAAACAUGACGGAGGUGGCGCAGGUUGCGGCGGUCGUCGCCCACGACAUGGAUAAUGUCACGAAUGAAAAUGAACACAGCACGAGCGACGCGGAAAACAAGGAUGAUAAUGUGACCCAGGAGGAGGACGAUGUGGCAGUUAACGAAGAUGACGACGCUGAGGAGACAAGUGAGAAGUCCCCGCAAAAAGAAGACGAAGAGCCUUGCCACACGAAUGAUGAUGAAAGUAAUGAAACUGACAAGCCACGUGUGAACGGUGUGGAGCACGAAGAAAACGAGAAAAAGGUCGUAGCACAGGAUGGAGAGAAGAAAGACGAUGCACAACCUGAUACAAAUGAGGAGCAGAAUGUUUCUGAUGUGAUACUUAAAAAAGAGAAACUUCUCCGAUCCAGAAAGCCGGUGGCAAGAAGUUACGUGCCCAAGCUGAACAAAGACAAGGGGGAUGUGACAAGCAAAUACGAGGUCAUGCAGAAAGCCAGGGAGGAGCGCAGCCGGCAGAGGAACAACGAUGAGCAGCAGAAGCGGAAAGAGCAAUUCAUCAAAGAGAGAGAGUGGAAUCGCAGGAAGCAGCAGAUAAAAGAACUACUGGCAUCCAGCGAUGAGGAGGAAGAGGUGAAGCCGGCAAAGGUAGAAAAAUCCUACGUCCCCAAAAUCACAGGUAGUGUGAAGGGGAAGUUUGCAGAAAUGGAAAAACAAAGACAAGUGGGGGAAAGGAAGAGGAUGGAAGGAGAGAGGAAGAAAAGGGAAACCCAGGACAACAUGGAAAAAGCCAAAAUCAAGAAGGAAUUGGCUCAGAAAGCAGCUGAGGAAGGAGAUGACACCAUCCUUGUACGGGUGGUCCCAGCGAAGGCCUCCCGACAUCCGGGCAGAAUCAAGGUGAACUUUGAGGACAUGGAGAAGAAUCGAGAGGAGGGACUGAAGAAGAGGGCCGAGGAGGAGAAACAGAGACAGUACGAUGAGAACAAACGCUCCUUCAGGGAGUCCAAGCGGCGCUCGGUUGUUGAACAGGAUGAAGAGGAGAAGCCCUCUGAGAAGACGCAGGUGACUCCUGGUAAGCUUAGAAUGACCUUUGAGGAGCUGGAGAAGGAGAGACAGGAGCAGAGGAAGAGGCAUGCUGAGGAAGACGCCAAACGCCGCCUGGUAGAGGAGAAGAAAGCUUUUGAGGAGGCCAGACUGGGCAUGGGAGAAGAUGAGGAAGGAGAUCCGCCAUCGCAGGAGGACAAGGAAGAGUUCCGACCUGGAAAACUGAGGUUGAGCUUCGAAGAGCUGGAGAGGCAAAGAGUCGAAGAAGUGCGCAAGAAAGCAGAGGAGGAGGCCAAGCGGCGGAUGGAGGAGGAGAGGAGAGCUUUCGCUGAAGCCAGAAAGAGCAUGCUUGUGGAUGAGGACGACGAGGCGCUGAUGGCCUUGGUGAACCUGGAGGGCAGUGAGCCCGGGAAGAUAUGCGCCAGUUUUGAGGAUCUGGAACGACAGCGGAGAGAAGAAGAGCAAAAGAAAGCAGAGGAAGAUGCGAAGAAGAGAUUGGAGGAUGAGAAGAAGCUCUUUGCUGAGGCCCGCAAGAGUAUGAUUCCUGGCCUGGAUCAGGAAAAGUCUGCAUAUGGAGAUGAAACAGUACUAGAUGAGGAAGAAGGGAUGACGAAGAGUGAGUCACAGGAGGCGCUGUACCCUAGAAAACUGGAGAUGAACUUCGAAGAGCUGCUAAAAGAGAAGGAGGAAGCUGAGAGAAGACGUAAGGCGGAGGAACGCAAAAAGAAACUGGAGAAGGAGAAGCAGGAAUUUGAACAACUCAGACAAGAGAUGGGCGAGGAUGAAAUAAAUGAAAGCUCAGAUGUUGUAAGCAAAGAGUAUGAAGAGCUGACUAAGCUCAAGAGGACCGGCUCCAUCCAGGCCAAAAACCUCAAGUCCAAGUUUGAGAAGAUCAAGCAGCUGACGGAAGAGGAUAUUCAGAAAAAGAUUGAAAUGGAGAGAGCACGAAGGAAGGCCGUUGAUGAUGAGAUUAAAGAGAGAGAAUCUGAGAGGUUCCAGGAGGAGGACGAGGGCGGCGAAACAACUCCUCAGAGGGCCGAGGAGUCACCGUUCAAACAAAAGGUGGACAUGCGAGCCCGAUUUGAGCAAAUGGCGAAAGCCAGAGAGGAGGAACAGAAGAAGAGGAUAGAGGAGCAGAAGCUACAGAGGAUGCAAUUCGAGCAGCAAGAGAUUGAUGCUGCACUCCAAAAAAAAAAGGAGGAUGAUGGGGAGGACGAGGGUAGCAUCAUCAACGGCUCUGCGGCCUAUGAAGAUGAAGAGGACCACGCCAGGUCUGGGGCACCGUGGUUUAAAAAGCCCCUCAAGAAUCAAUCAGUGGUGGACCAGGAGCCAGUUCGGUUCACAGUUAAGAUCACUGGGGAGCCAAAGCCAGAGGUCACCUGGUGGUUUGAGGGAGAGAUGCUCCAGGACUGUGAGGACUAUCAGUAUAUAGAGAGGGGGGAGACGUUCUGCCUCUACUUGCCGGAGACCUUCCCAGAGGACGAGGGAGAGUACAUGUGCAAGGCUGUGAACAGCAGAGGCACAGCAGCAAGCACCUGCAUCCUCACAGUAGAAACGUAUGACUACUGAUGCCCUUCUUCUACGUUCUGGAAACUUUCCCUGCUGUCUCUUACUCCCUUUUUAGAACUUUGUCCCUUAUGGUAUGGUAUGUUCAAACAGCAGAGGGAAGACAAUAGCAGUAUGCUUGGCAUUCCUCAGGGAGGGACACACACUCACACACAAAAGCAAGAUGUUGUUUACAUAUUGCUCAAUUGCAAACGCUGCACUCCCUGUUAGAGUAGGAUGAUACGUGUGCCAAAAACAGACAUGAUUAUUUGUUCCAAGGGUUGCACAAAAGCUUUAGAACAAUCUUCACUGAGAGGCCCUGAUGAUAUUUGUGAUAACAGCUAUUUUUAAGUAUUGUAGUACUGUAUUGUAAAUAUCAGACUUUGUUAUGUUUUUAGGCAUUGAAAUGUAAAACGUACAAUGUCUUUGUCUGCAGAUUUUAAAGAACAAUAUACAGGAAAAAAAUCAUACAAGCUCGGUAAGAUAUUCUACUACUGCUCAACAACUUCAUCAAUAUUAACCAGUAUGUAGUUUUCGUAACCUUUCCCCAUAUUAGUAAACGAUAUUGUGAUACUUGCCUAGUAUUAUAAGGAAGUCUUCUCCGUGGGGUUUGUUUACAAUGAUAUCACAUUGUAGUUGCAGCCGCCUGUUGGAAAAACAAAGCAAUUUGAACUUGUGUACAUCCUGAAUUUCAAUGAAACUCCAGAUGAAAUUUUUUUUUUAACUUCAGCAUCUAAACAAUUUUAAUAUGUUGAUUUUUUUCAUGCACCAAUCCCCCCUUUUUCUUUUUGAAUGUAAUACUCUUGAUGCAGUUGUCUUGAUUCAGUUGUGCUGGACAAUAGGUGACCGUUUUAUGGUUUGAUAAUAAAAAAAGCAUAUAGGCUAGCCUGAAUAUUUGUCAUAUGAAAAUGUUUUAAUAAAAUGAACAAAAAUAACC